AUGUACCAAUCAAUUUUUAAGUAUCUGUUUUUAGACGAAAUAUUGUAUUUAUGGCAUUUAAAUAGUUUUAAAUUAUUAUAAAUUAUAAAAUAACAACAGACCGAAUAUAUCAGAGGAUUGAAUUAAUCAUUUUUAGCACUCAGAUUAUUUUGGAUACUUUCUUUUGGGUUAAGCUUAAUCCGCUUUUUUAAAUAUUAAAUGGGAGUAUUUGACGUUAUAAUCAAUAUUACGAGAUUAAUUUCAACAUUUAUUUUAUUUAUAUAUGGAGUUUUUAAACCAUAUGAUUAACCAUACAUUGAAAUAGAUUGCUAAAAGGAAAGCUUUAUCCAUAAAUUCUUUAAGGGCUUGGAAAAAAAUGAAUUUAUAGCUUAUGUUAUGAAAUACAAAAUUAUUAAUCAUUAAACAUGGAAGGAUGUUAAUUAGCCAUUUAUAGAUGAUGCAAUAGAAUUGAAACAGCUAAAUUAAGGAUUUGUGUAAAUGGUAAAGGUGUCAGAUGAAAAUGAAUAAACAGCAGAAGACUUUGAGCAUAAUGAAUAUAUAUAGUUACAAACACACAUACUGCAAUAAAACCACUUCAGAUUCAUGCAAGAGGGCUAGAACUAUGCCAAUAAAAGGCAGGGUGGAGAUAUGAAUGCUUCAAGAGGUGAUUCCUAAAGAUAAUCACAAAUUAUUCGUGUUUUUGAGGAGUUGAGAUAGUCAAUCACUAACGUUAACUAAGUUCGUGAUCAAAGAAGAAGCUCUACUGCUUAGAAGCAUUUUAUGAAUGACUCAAAUGAUCCAGAUGGACAUAACAAUCACAAGCGCCAUCAUCCAGAUAUUGAAUUAGAAAUGGUAACUGAUAAUUUGCAUACUGAAUAACCUGCAGUAUAGCCUAGAAAUGUUGAAGCUCCUAAAAAUGAUAAAGAAAGAAGAUAAAUGGAGAUCAUGAAAAGAGAUGAGCAUAAAGUUGACUUGGAUUCAUUAGUUAAAAGAUAUGGAACAGAUUUAAAAUUAGGCCAUACUUAACAAAGAGCUGAAUAACUCAAUGUAGAGUUAGGUGAUAAUAAACUCACUGAAAAGGGUAAAACCUCUCCCAUUAUUGUUUUCUUAAAAGAGCUUUCAAAUCCUUUUGCUAUUAUGCUUUGGGUUGCUUCUAUCUUCUGUUUUAUUACAUUCUAUUAUAGCCCUGAAGAUCCUUCAAAUCUCUAUUUGGCUAUUGUCUUGAUCAUUGUUAUUUUUAUCACUGCCAUCAUUACAUUUAUGCAAAACAGAAAGUCUGAAGCACUGAUGGACUCAUUCAAAAACUUUUUACCCUAAAAAUGUAUAGUAGUUAGAGAAGGAACUGAGAGAUCUAUUCAUGCAGAAAAGCUAGUUUUAGGUGAUAUCGUUAAAAUCAAAGCUGGUGAAAAAAUUCCUGCUGACAUUCGUAUGAUCUAAGUCAAUGAAAUGAAAGUAGAUAACUCAGCCUUAACUGGUGAAAGUGAACCUCAAUUACGUACUACUAUUUGCAGUCACCCUGAGUCCUUGCUUGAAACUUCAAAUGUUGCUUUCUUUGGUACCUUGUGCAAAGAAGGUUAAGGAAUAGGAAUUGUUAUUUAGAUUGGAGAUAAAACCACCCUUGGUGAAAUCGCUGAUAUGGCUUCUACUGAAAAGAAAACUAAAACUCCUCUCCGUAUUGAAAUGGACAGAUUAGUAAUAGUAAUGGUAGGUAUUGCACUAUUCUUGGGUGUUCUUUUCUUCCUUCUUUCUUACCUUUAUAUUGGAUAUGAUAUCCUCACUUGUGUUAUAUUCGGUAUUGGUAUUUUAGUAGCUAAUGUUCCAGAAGGACUUUUAGGUUGUAUCACCGUUUCUUUAGCUAUUACAGCAUAAGCUCUUCAUAAAAAAAAUGUUCUAGUUAAAAAUUUAGAGUCAGUAGAAACUUUGGGAUCAACUUCUUGUAUUUGCUCUGACAAAACUGGAACCUUAACUUAGAAUGUUAUGACAGUCGAACAUAUGUGGCUUAGUGGUAAUCAGAUCAAGGCAAGGAACAAAUCAUUAGUUCAAAAUAAAAGCGAAUUAGAAUAUGAUGAAAAUGAAACUGCAUUUAAAGAGUUGCAUUUAAGUGCCAUUUUAAGUAGCGAAGCAAAAUUUGAUGUUAGUUAAUUAAAAGAUUAAACAGAAGCAGUCAACUACAUGAAGUGUCCUGUUAAUGGUGACGCAACUGAAACAGGCCUAGUAAGAUUCUUUUAAUACAUAGAAGAUAUUGAUAAGACAAGACAAAAAUUCAAAAUUCCUGAAAAUAGAGAAAAGGUCAUGGCUAGAAUGCCUUUCAACUCAACUGAGAAGUACGCCCUGACAAUAGUAGAGUUACCCACUAAGGAUAGCGAUUACUGUGUCUACAUCAAAGGUGCUCCAGAAAAAAUAUGGAAAUUCUGCACAAAAGUCUAAAAUGGUAGCUAAGAAUCUAAAAAAUCACCUGAUUGGGAAAAGAAAUUUGCUUCCGUUAAUAAAACCUUUGGUAAAAAUGGUGAAAGAGUUCUUGGUUUUGCCAAAUGCCACCUUCCCAGAGAUUAAUAUCCUUUAAAUAAGUUUGAUUUCAUCGUUUCAAACCCUAAAAACUUUAACUUCACCUUGGAAGGAUAUACAUUCACUGGUUUGAUCUCCUUAAUUGACCCACCUAAAACUAGAGUUCCCUUUGCUAUUCUCGAAUGUAGAUCUGCUGGUAUUAAGGUUAUCAUGGUUACUGGUGAUUAACCACCAACUGCUGCCUCAAUUGCAAAAUAAGUAAAUAUCAUUCCAGCUUAUGUAGAAACUACCGAUGAUAUUAUGGACAGAUUAAAUUGUACUUGGGAAGAAGCCGUUGAAUAAUGUGAAGCUAUAGUUAUCCAUGGAGAUAAAAUAGUUUAAUCUAUUGAAUAAGAAGAAGCUAAUGGAAUAGAAAAGUUCACAAGUUUAAGAAAAUGGGUUAAAAAACCUUAUUGUGUAUUUGCUAGAACUACUCCCGCAUAAAAAUUACAAAUAGUCCAAGCUUGCUAAAAGGAAGGCUUCACAUGUGCAGUUACUGGUGAUGGUGUUAAUGAUUCACCAGCUAUUAAGUAAGGUGAUAUUGGUAUUUCUAUGAAUCUCACAGGAAGUGACGUUACUAAAGAUGCUGCUGAUAUGAUUCUUCUUGAUGAUGACUUUGCUUCCAUUGUUUCAGGUGUUGAAGAAGGCAGAAAGAUUUUUGAUAACUUAAAGAAGACUUUUGUUUAUCUUCUAUGUUCUAAUGUCCCUGAAAUUCUUCCCUUCCUUGCUUUUAUUAUCUUUGGUAUCCCUCUUCCUCUUACCAACAUCUAUAUGCUUUGUAUUUGUGUUGGUACAGAUAUUUUCCCUGCCAUUGCUCUUGCUUUUGAAGAAGCAGAAAUUGAUAUCAUGACAAGAAGACCUAGAUCAAAAGCAGACCACAUGGUUUCUACCAAAUUGAUGGUUCACUCUUAUGGUCUCAUGGGAAUACAUUCUAUGGCUUGUGGUUUUUUAGCCUACUUUAUAAGCUUAAAUUAUUAUGGAUUUGAAGUGCUUGAACUAUUUGGCAUGAGUCUGUAUGAUGCUUAUUAUCCUCCUAUAUAAGAGUUUGGUACAAUUUCUGAAGCUCAUCCUUACUAUGCGAAGUAUGGGCACUUCGGACGUAGCUUCAAUUCUAAUGUGAUGCUAGGAAAUGCAAAAUGUUAAGAUGAUAUAACUUAAAUGAAAGCAAUCAAAGAUUAAUCUUGGACUAUUGAUUGGUUCCAAGUUGAUUAAGGAAAGUAUGAUCUAAGAAAAGCAUUUGUUAAAUGUGGUAGUGAUGGAAAUUGGUAUUCUUUAGUAGGUAGCUGGUCAGACUGUAACAUACAUAGUGAUCAUAAUUACUCUGAUUUUGUUGGAAACACAGCUUGCUAUACAACUGAUGCUUUAAAAUAUGCUUAAUCAUCCUUUUUUGUAUGCAUUGUAAUAUUCUAAUGGAGUAAUAUCUUUGCUUGUAAAAGCAGAAAAUCUUCGUUUGCCACUUCAGCAGUUAACUAUAAAAUAUUCUAAGGUAUUAUCUUUGAAACUUGUCUUGCUAUUUUGCUUGUCCUUUGUCCAGGUGUUAAUACAGUUUUUGGUGGACGUCCUCUUGAUUUCUUCUAAUUUGGAUGUAGUGGAAUACCAUUUUCUAUUAUGAUUCUUUGCUGGGAAGAAAUAAGAAAAUACUUACUUAGAUAAAACAGAUGGUUCUUAAAAUACUCAUAUUGGUGA